GGCGACAUUAUGAACUUGCUCAAUAAGGGAAAACUUUAAAGAAAAGAGGGAGAGAUUAAACAAUUACAACAAAUCUACCAAACUUUUGACUAUAAAUAGAUCACUACACAUGUGGAUUUGUCUCAUCGAAGUAAAGUUUAUUAAAUUGAAAGAGCAAAAAAAGAAGUCUUACUAAACGCAAAGCAUUAAAGAAAUGGCAAAGAACCUCAACUCCGUUAGCUUCACCGUUCUCUUGCUGGUUCUUUUGGUGGCUUCCACCGAAAUCCUGAAGAGCGAUGCUGCAUGCUUCACGUUCUUAGGCGAGUGCGGGCCGGAGCCGUUUACAGGUUCAAAUGCUGAUUGCUUAGCGUGUUGUGUAGCUCUCUACAAGAGUCCACCAGUUUGUGCUGGACGUGUUGAGGGAGUCCCGGCUCACUGCCAUUGCUACAAAUCGUAAAGAGGUUAAAGUGUAACUUUUCUUUUCAUUCGGUGUGAUAAGGACAUUACAUGUGUGUGUUCACUUUUGCUUCCAAAUCGUAAAGAGGUUCAAGUGUAAGUUUCUUUUGCUUCCAAAUAAAACAUCAAGGGCAAAGCUUCACUGCUUCCCCUAAUAAAUGUAAGCUCAUGUUGUGUUCACUUUUGUUUCGUUCUGAAUAAUAAACUCGUUUUGUGUUCCUCAUUUCAUUCCCAACUAUAUUCAAAUUUCUGUCACUACAAAUUAUCUACAAAUAUUGACC